UUUUUACGGGGCCUCUGUCUACUCUUGCGCGUCACCGCGGCAGUACUCUCCUACUACGUGAAAGUGAAGCAGAGUCUCCUGCUCAGCCCAAAUCCAUACAGCACCCACUGAACGACCGUGGGAGCUCUUUCUGCCCCAUACACUCCUCUUCCCUCCUCUUCGUCUGCGAAUCGACCGCAGACCGUCGACAAAGCACGACAGUUACCGCCGCCGCUCUCUUCUUCUACUUUCUCUUUUCCUUCGUCUUUCAGACGCCCCCUCCGUGUAUCGCAACAUUCAUUUCUACCAAACGCCAUUAUGGGGGAAAAGUCCUCACCUGCUGCCCGCACACCUGCUAAAACCCCCUCGACGCUCAAGCGCCAACCAUCUUCGUCUGCCGGAACCCAAAAGACCAUAGUCCAGUUCUUUUCCAAGUCUGCGAAUGCCUCGCGCUCUACCCCCAAGCCCGUGGCUUCGGCCCCCGAUUCGUCUCCGUGCUUAAGGGAGUCGACCCGGAUAAACACCCUUCCUAGAGCCCGCCAACCUUCGAGCACGACCUCCGUGUUGAGCAGCGAUGCCAUUGAGCCCGCGAGCUCUCAGGAGAACAUGGCCGGAAAGAUUCCCAGUGGACCGCCUCUGCCCUCCAGUCCGACUCGAAAGUCGAAGAAGCCAGUCAACUACGCCGAGCCUUCCGACGAUGAGGACGAUGAUCCUUUCGUCCGUCUCCGAGCGUCAAGCACCCGACGACGUACCAAGGCACCGGCUGCCAUUGUCGAUGACGGCGACGACUAUGAAGACGCAAGGAGCAAUGGUGCUGCCGAUGAGGACGACGACAUGCUCGAUUUCAUCAUCAGCGACGAGUCGGAUGCACCUUCGCAGCCGAAGAAGCGCAAACGUCGUGAACCGGCAAAGGCAGCGCAGUCCCGAAAGAAAUCGAACGUCUCGUCCCCAAUCAAGGAGGAGCAGUAUGACGACGACGAACUUGAUGAGGCCAUGCAAGACAUCCCAAACACCUCGACAGCCCAACAGUGGCGCUAUGACCCGGACAACACUUCUCCAGCCGCAUCUCGGACCGCCAUUGCCCCGACUAUCCGUCGCCUUACCGAGCCCAAGGCCAAGGAGAAAGCGCACGUGAGGGAGCCAGAGGAUCGAUAUCCUUGGCUUGCUAACAUCGUUGACAUCAACAAGAAACCCCCGGGCGACCCAGACCACGAUCCAUCCACUGUAUACAUCCCGCCCAUGGCGUGGAACAAAUUCUCUCCUUUCGAGAAGCAAUACUGGGAGAUCAAGCAAAAGCUUUGGGACACCGUCGUUUUCUUCAAGAAGGGCAAGUUCUAUGAGCUUUACGAGAAUGAUGCCACCAUUGGACAUCAACUCUUCGACUUGAAGCUCACUGAUCGUGUCAACAUGCGUAUGGUCGGUGUUCCGGAGAGCUCUCUCGACAUGUGGGUGAACCAGUUCGUCGCCAAGGGUUACAAAGUCGCCCGGGUUGACCAGAUGGAGUCCGCGCUUGGCAAAGAAAUGAGAGAGAGGGAUGACACAGCGGCCAAAAGCAAGAAGGCAGACAAAAUCAUUCGCCGUGAGUUGGCCUGCAUCCUGACCGGUGGCACUCUUGUCGACGGGAGCAUGCUGCAGGACGACUUGGCUACGUACUGUGCCUCCAUCAAGGAAUCAACCAUCGACGGCAAGCCCGCAUUCGGUAUCACAUUUGUGGACUGCGCAACUGGCCAGUUUUUUAUCUCGGAGUUCGAGGAUGAUGUUGACUUGACGAAAUUUGAGACUUUUGUCGCCCAGACCAGUCCGAGAGAGUUGAUCUUGGAAAAGUCCCGUAUCUCGAUAAAGGCACUUCGGAUCCUCAAGAACAACACGUCGCCCAUGACCAUCUGGAACUACCUCAAGUCGGGCAGCGAGUUUUGGGACGCAGACAUGAGUCGCCGGGAGCUAGACACCAGCGGUUAUUUUGUCAAAGACGAUGGCGGCGCGGAAGCCUGGCCCCAUGCGCUGGCUCAAGCCAGAGACAAGAAUUUGCUCAUGGCUGCUCUCGGGGCUCUGGUUCAGUACCUCAGAAUGUUGAAAUUGGAGACCGACCUCUUAUCUCAAGGCAACUUCGAAUGGUACACUCCCAUCCGGCGCAACGGUACACUUGUCCUGGACGGCCAGACUCUCAUCAACUUGGAGGUUUUCUCCAACACCGUGAAUGGCGGGCCCGAAGGCACGCUGUUCGCUCUUCUGAACCGAUGCGUUACUCCCUUCGGCAAACGGCUGUUCCGCCAGUGGGUGUGCCAUCCUCUAUGCGACAUCAUGAGAAUCAAUGAGCGUCUGGAUGCGGUUGAUAUGCUCAACACCGACAGAGGCGUACGAGAGCAGUUUACGUCCCAGAUGACUAAGAUGCCGGAUCUGGAACGCCUCAUCUCCAGAAUACACGCUGCCUCGUGCAAGCCGGAAGACUUCGUGCGCGUUCUGGAAGGGUUCGAACAGAUCGAGUACACCAUGGGUCUUCUGGGUUCGUUUGGUGGCGGCAAUGGUCUUGUUGACCGACUUCUGUCUUCCAUGCCUAAUCUUAACGAUCCUUUAUCUUACUGGAAGACUGCUUUCGAUCGCAAGAAGGCCAAGGAUGAGAAGAUACUUAUCCCUCAGCGGGGCAUAGAGGAAGAUUUCGACAACAGCCAAGACCGCAUCGAAGAGAUCAAGCAGGAGCUGCAGGCGGUUCUUGGAAGGAAGAAAGCCGAGUUGAAGUGCAAGACACUCAAGUUUACCGACGUGGGCAAGGAGAUCUACCAGGUCGAGGCCCCUAAGUCCGUCAAGGUGCCGAGCAACUGGCGGCAAAUGUCGGCAACUUCGAGUGUCAAGCGGUAUUACUUUGAAGAACUCACAGACCUGGUGCGCGAGCUGCAAGAAGCGGAAGAAACUCACUCACAAAUCGUGAAGGAGGUCGCCGCACGAUUCUUCCGGCGAUUCGAUGCCGACUACGAGACGUGGUCGCAGUCUAUAAGAAUCAUAUCACAGCUUGACUGUCUCAUUAGUCUUGCCAAGGCGUCAUCGUCACUGGGUGAACCAAGCUGCCGCCCCCAUUUCGUCGAUCAAGAACGCAGUGUUGUCGAGUUCGAGGAGCUGCGCCAUCCCUGUAUGCUGAACGCAGUCGCUGAUUUCAUCCCCAACAAUGUCCAGCUUGGUGGCGGCUCUGCGAAGAUCAAUCUGCUGACGGGUGCCAAUGCCGCGGGCAAGUCAACCGUAUUACGAAUGUCUUGCAUUGCCGUCAUCAUGGCACAGAUUGGGUGCUAUAUUCCAGCAACAUCCGCCCGGCUCACCCCCGUCGACCGAAUCAUGUCACGAUUAGGAGCAAACGAUAACAUUUUCGCGUCUCAAUCAACCUUUUUUGUGGAGUUGUCGGAAACAAAGAAGAUCUUGUCAGAGGCCACGCCUCGAUCAUUAGUCAUCCUGGAUGAGUUGGGGCGUGGAACCAGCUCUUAUGAUGGCGUAGCCGUGGCGCAAGCUGUUUUGCAUCACAUUGCGACACACGUGGGCUGUGUAGGUUUCUUUGCCACCCACUAUCACUCGCUCGCAACAGAAUUCGAGAACCACCCGGAGGUUCAACCGCGCCGCAUGCAAAUUCACGUCGAUGAGGAGCAACGGCGUGUUACAUUCCUUUACAGACUGGAGGACGGUGUUGCUGAGGGCAGCUUCGGAAUGCACUGCGCAGCUAUGUGCGGCAUCUCCAGCCGUGUUAUUGAGCGUGCCGAGGUAGCAGCCAGGGAAUGGGAACACACGAGCAGGCUCAAGGAGAGCUUAGAGAAGGCUAAAUCGGGCUGUUAUAUUCCGCUUGGCAUUCUAAGCGACGUGUCGUCUCUGCUUCAAGGUAGUGAUAUAGUAGGGAAAGAGGGCGUUAAAGUGUUACUUCAGGCUGUAGAGACGCUCUAGUUUCUUAAUCUCUAUUAGAUAUAUAGAUGUUUACUACUAAGAGUUUUUUAUAAAUACUUUAAGAUGCA